AUGGCUGCUGUUCUGCAAUUGAAACGACCUGUAGCGGCAACACUCAAGCCAGCGUUUCGAUAUACAUCCUUUCUCCCCGCACGAGCGCCAUCUCUAAGCCCACGACGUGCAUUCUCCGUUUCUCCGAAGCAAGCCAUGCUGUCGACGGAGCUAACUGAAGCCCAAGUAUCGGCUCUCAGGGCCAACAAGGACCGUCUUGCACAAGACCUUCACCAUACAUGCCAAUGGGGAUACGGAAUCCGCUGGGGAGAUGGCCACACAGACACGGGUAUGCAGCGUUUGGCGCUGUCGCAGGAGGAUAAACUAGUACGAGACUGGUUCAUCGAAACAACGGAAGCCCUAGGAUGCAAAAUCACAGUGGACGCGAUGGGCAACAUUUUUGCUGUCCGUCCUGGGCGCAGAACUGAUGUACCGGCAACUUUUAUUGGUAGUCACUUGGAUACGCAGCCGACUGGUGGCCGAUACGAUGGGAUCCUGGGCGUCCUCUCUGGCAUUGAGACUCUCAAGACCCUAAACGACAUGGGACUCGAAACAGAAGGUGGUGUUGGUGUCGUCAAUUGGACCAAUGAAGAAGGCGCCCGUUUCCCUAUUAGCAUGGUCUCCUCCGGUGUAUGGGCAGAAAGCAUCCCUUUGGAAAAGGCACAUGCAUUGAAGGAAGUUCCAACUGUCGCCUCCCUCCCCACGGCAGCAUCCGCCCCCGAGUCCAUGAAAUCAGCACUCGAGAAGAUCGAAUACCUCGGAAGCGUACCAUGUUCUUACAAGGAAAGCCCCAUGGCAGCCCACUUCGAACUUCACAUCGAGCAGGGCCCUCACCUCAUCACGGCAGGGCAGCAAGUCGGCGUCGUAACAGCCGUCCAGGCAUAUCGAUGGUUCCGCCUCAAUAUCUUCGGUCGAGACACUCACACGGGCACAACAGCCUUCGAGCACCGCGCCGACGCUCUCUACGCGUUCGCGCGCAUGAUGGUACUUGCCAGGGAAGUCGCAGCCUCCCAAGGCUGUCUAGCAAGCGUGGGCAUCAUCGAGGCGAAACCUGGGAGCGUAAACACUGUUCCCGGCACAGUGAGCUUCAGCCUCGAUAUCCGUGGACCAAAGACCGAACUCGUCGAGGUUGUAGAAGCCCAGCUGCGCAAGGAUUUCGAUGCAAUUGCCGCGGAGGAAGGGAAGGGGAUCGGGAAGCCGUGCCGUGUAGAGUGGACAUUGGAUUUUGACUCCCCGGCUGUGAACUUCCACCCCGAUUGCAUUGAGUGUGUGCAGCAGUCUGCCGAGGUGGUUGCGACUGACGCUGGUGGUGCGGAUCCCAAGUCGCUCGUGCGGACUAUUAUGAGUGGUGCUGGGCAUGAUAGUGUUUUUACUUCGAAGAGAGUUCCGACGAGCAUGAUAUUUGUUCCUUGCAAGGAUGGGUUGAGCCAUCAUCCUGAAGAGUUCUGCUCUGCUGAUGAUUGCGCCAGAGGUACCUCUGUCAUUUUGCAGGCAGUUGUGCGGUAUGACCGGAAGAGGUUCUCGGCAUAA